UUAGCUAAUAAUAGUAAAAAAACUAAAAAAAGAAGAAGUAGAGUUAUAUAGGAUUUAAUAACUCUUUAAAUAAUAUAUAUAUAUAUAAGUAUCAAGGGAAUGAACAUUAUAAGAUGUAAAUUUAUUUAUGGCUAAACAUAAGGAGAAAUUUGUAAGAGAAAAACCGCAUUGUAAUAUAGGUACGAUUGGUCAUGUUGAUCAUGGUAAAACUACACUUACUGCUGCAAUAACUAAAGUAUUGGCAGCUAACAAUAAUAUGACUAAAUUUAUGAAAUAUAGUGAUAUAGAUAAACAUUUAGAAGAGCAAAGGCGUGGUAUAACUAUAUCAGCAGCUCAUGUAGAGUAUUAUUCUAAAUGUAGGCAUUAUACACACAUAGAUUGUCCUGGUCAUCAAAAUUAUAUUAAAAAUAUGAUUACUGGUGCUACGCAAAUGGAAGGUGCUAUUUUGGUUGUAGCGUUAACAGAAGGGCCACAAGAACAAACUAGAGAACACGUUAUAUUGGCUAAGGAAGUAGGUAUUCCUUAUUUGAUUGUUUAUGGUAAUAAAUUGGAUAUGUUGUUAGAAGACGAUUUGAAGGAAUUUGUAGAAAUGGAGGUAAGGGAGUUAGUUAGUACAUACAGUUAUCCAGAAGAUUUGCCUUUUAUAUGCGGUUCAGCUCGUAAAGCUUUAGAGGAGGAGGAAGCUUCUGAAAUCGGGACAAAAUCUGUUAUGAAGUUGAUAGAUAUUGUUGAUGAAUACGUGAAACAACCUGAGAGACCAGAAAAUGAACCAUUUUUAAUGUCAAUAGAGGAAGUUUAUUCUAUUUCUGGUAGAGGAACAGUUGUGACUGGUAAGAUUGAGAAAGGUAAAUUAUCUAUUGGGGAGGAAGUAGAAAUAGUCGGAUCUAAAUUAUUUAAGACUGUUUGUACUGGUUUAGAGAUGUAUAAUAAGUUCUUGGAUGUAGCUAUAGCUGGUGAAAAUGUAGGUGCUUUGGUGAGAGGAUUAAAUAAGAAAGAUUUAAAAAGAGGUUUUGUGAUGUGUAAACCGGGGACAAUAAAAGCUUAUAAUGCUUUUACAGCACGAGCGUAUUUUUUAACUUCUAAAGAAGGGGGUAGAAAAAAACCGUUUUUUUCUAAGUAUAUGCCGCAGUUUUUCUUUAGAACGGCAAAUUUAACUGGAUCUGUUUUAUUAUCUGACGAUAAUUCGAUAGUUAUGCCAGGGGAUACUGUUACUUUUGAGGUAGUUUUAUUAGAAAAGGCUGCUAUUAAUGAAGGGUUGAGGUUUGCUAUGAGGGAAGGUGCAGUUACGUUAGGUGCAGGUAUAAUUUUAAAAGUUUUUGAAAAAUAAAAAAGUUUUUAUUUUUUUAUAUAUUGUAAUAAAAUAUAUUGUAUUAAUCAAAAGGUGUGUUAAAUUUUAGUAAUUUAUUAGUUUAUAGAUUUGAAAAAAUUUGUUUGGAGAAAAGCUUGAAAAAAUUAACACGCGGAAUUUCGAAAAAUGCAGGUAGGUCUAAAUAUGGUUUUAUUUUGGCUUUUAAAAAAAGUAAAAAGCCUUUUAGAAAAUUAUUUAGAUUUGUAGAUUUUUGACGACGUGUUAAUUGUUAUUGCUAUGUAUUAAGUGUGUCUUAUGAUCCAAACAGAUCAUCGUAUAUAUCUUUGGUUUGUUAUUUAAAUGGCUUAAUAAGUUAUGUGUUACAUGUGCAUAAUAUUAUGUUGGGUUAUAAACUAUAUACUGGUGUACGUAUUCCCGAUAAUAAUGAUAUUAAUAAGGUAGUAGUAGGUCUGGGUAAUUCGUUAUUAUUAAAAUAUAUUCCAGUAGGGACGUUGGUUUCUUCUAUCGAAUUAUGACCCGGUAAGGGUAUGCAAUUAUGUAGGUCUGCCGGUAUGUAUGCAAUGUUGGUAAGCAAGAAUGAUGGGUUAGUAUUGUUAAAGUUGAAUUCUGGGUGAAGGGUUCUUGUUUCGGAAUUAUGUAUGGCGGUUGUAGGUAUUGUAUCUAAUAUAGAUCAUAAGUAUAAACGAAUAGGUAAGGCUGGUAAAAAUCGUAAUUUAGGACGUAAACAAACUGUUAGAGGUGUUGCAAUGAAUUCUGUUGAUCACCCUCAUGGUGGAGGUAGAGGUAAAUCUGCUGGUACUAAAUCAGCCAAAUCUCCUUGAGGUAAGGAAUUUGAAUUUAAAAAAACUAGUAGAAGUAAAAGAUUUAGAAAUUAAGUAGAGUAUUGUAUUUAUUCAAUACGUAUUAUAUAUUGUAAUAUUAUGACUAAAAGGAAAAAUUUGUUUUAUGAGAUCGAGUUGAAAAUGUAAUUAUAUUACGAAUGAUACUAUGUAUAUGCUAUACGAUAUAAAUGUAAAAAAAAAAACUUAUAUAAGAUAUAAAAAUAGAAGAUUAAAGUUAUUUGUUGGUUUAGUAGGUAAAAAAUUGUGCGUAUAUAAUGGGCGUAAGUAUAUGAAUGUGCUUAUUAGGCAAUGUAUGGUUGGUAAGUAUUUAGGAUCAUUUUUAUUAACUAGACGUUUUUCAGCUACUAUACAUAGUAAGAAAAAAAAAGAUAAUAAGAAAUAAAAAUUUGAUUUAUGGGGC